AUGGCAAGUUCAAAAAUACUUUUAGGAUAUAUGCCUGAAUUAUUAAAUGAUAUCAUACAAUACUUGCAAGAUGAUUAUAGAACAUUACACUCAUGUAUUUUGAUUAAUAAAUUAUGGUGUCGUUUAGCAAUUCCAUUUUUAUGGAAAAAUCCAUUUUCAAUAAAAUAUCCUAAAAAUUAUUGUUAUAUUGAUGUUUACUUACAUAAUUUAAGUGAAGAUGAUAAAACAAAAUUAAAUGAAUAUGGAAUCAAAAUAAGUGUAUUUUCAUCAAAUACAUUAUUUAAUUAUUCUAGUUUUUUUAAAUGUUUAAAAACAUGCGACUUUAAAUCAUCUAUUGAGGAUUGGAUGAGUAUUAAGAACGAAUAUUUAUAUCAGCCCUAUAAAAAAAAUUCUGGAAAAACUCCGAUAAUAAAUGAUCAUUUUUCUGGUUUUUAUUCCAAAGAGACUAAGACACGUGAUCAUUUUUUUGAAAAAUUUUUUAUAGGGCAGUCAUCUCAACAGCAACUUUUAAGAUUAAUUUACACAUCUUUAAUUGAAAGAUUUGUUAAGAAUGAAGCAAAUUUACAUACUUUUGAAUUCAAUGGAAAUUACUAUGAAAAUAUUAUUUUGGAGAUAAUUUUGCAAAAUCCAAAAUUUAUUCAUAACAUCAGAAAUUUAUUUAUUACUUUUAUAUCUAAUAAUGAGGUUACAGCUUUAUUAAAAUUAUUACUUUCUAAUCACAAUUCAAUUUCAAAAUUUCAUUUUCAAUUUCAACAAAUUAAUAAUAAUAUUAAAAUUAAUGAAUUAAUUAAAAAUUAUUCAUCUCAAGUAAUUAAUUCACAACAUAAUCUCAAAAAAUUAAUUUUUGAAGAUUGUGAUACUAGUACUAAUGUAACUCACUUAAAUCAUUUAUUAUUGUCAUUAAAAGAUUCUAAUUGUUUAAAUACUUUAGAAACAAUUAUAUUUUAUAAAAUUAAUUUUGAAAAAAUCACUUCUUUAAAAGAAGUAUUUGAACAAUUAAAUGUUUUAGAAUCUAUUCAUAUAAUUUAUUGUUCUUUUAAAAUUCAUAGAUUUGUUCAACAAAUUAUUCAUAUUACUAAACCAUUUAAGUUGAAAUCUUUAUUUGUGGGUGAAAGAAUUAUUGAACGUAAUUAUUAUUCAGAGAAUUAUGAUAUAACAUUAAUAAUUAAUUCAAUGCAAUUAUUAUUUCAAAAAUCUGGAAAAUAUUUAGAAAAUAUUGGAUUGUUUUAUUCUAUUGAUUUUAAGUAUGCUGAAUUGAAGGAAUUGAAGGAAAAAUCAUUGGAAUUAAUUAAAAAUUAUUGUAAGAAUGUUAAACAUUUUAAUUCAGAUGUAUUUAGUAUUCAGAGUGCUCAUUUGGUGUUGAAUUCAAUCAAAAAUUUCAAACAAAAUCUUAAUUAUCUUACUAUAGAAAGUAGAAAUAAUGAGUUUUCUUCAAUUAUAUUACUGAAUUUAGGUCAAAUUCUUCCUUGUAGUUUGGAAUAUUUAUGUUUGGAUUUUUAUAACGCAUAUAGUAGUAUUGAUUUAGAAGUAUUUUUAAAAAAUUUAAAAAAUACUUUUAUUGAAAAAUUGAUAUUAUCGAUUAGUUCAUGGAGUGAUGAUAUUUUACGAUGUAUAAAGAAGUAUAUUAUGAAAAAGAAAAGAGUUAAGUACUUAGCUAUUAAUGUAACUGAACAAGUAUUAGCAAAUGAAGCGAAAGAAUUUAAGUUAUAUAAUAUAGAAUUUACGUCUAUGUGCAAAAUUUAUAAUUACCUGCCUGAUUUGCUAUAA